CGAGAGGUUGGCAACGAAAGGCUUUUCUCUCCGUAACCCAAAAAAGAUUCGGUUGUCACAUAAUUUGCAGAGAUUCUCCACUCUCUAUCCUUCUAUAAAUUACAGAGCCAUCGGAUCACAAAACAGAACAACAACAACAACAACAAACAAGAACUCAAACACUAAAACAAACCUUCAAUCUUUUUUCAAAAAGUCAAUCAUGUCAAGCAACUGCGGAAGCUGCGACUGUGCUGACAAGACCCAGUGCGUGAAGAAGGGAACCAGCUACACCUUCGACAUCGUCAAGACUCAGGAGAGCUACAAGGAAGCCAUGAUCAUGGACGUUGGUGCAGAGGAGAACGACGCGAAUUGCAAGUGCAAGUGUGGCUCAACCUGCAGCUGCGUCAACUGCACUUGCUGCCCCAACUAAAAAUGCUUCUUUAAUCAAAAUGUAAUAUGAAUAAAAGUUGAUGUGAGUUCAUCUAUUGAGCUCAUAUCUCUCUUAUGACUCUCUAGUAUGGUGUGAUGUAAUGGGUUAUGACCCUUUCUUUAUCCUCCAAUCCAAUCCAUCAUAUUUCUAUUAGUAACA